AGGGAUGGAGACCAACUUCCAGCUUCUGGCUUCAUGAACAUCCCACUUCAAAAGGCAGCACCACAUAUGUUUUUUUAAAAAAAGGAUACUUUGAUGUCAUGGCUGGGCCACCAUCUUGAUUUUUUGGGUUUCUUUAUAGGCGUCUCUUAUUUCCAGCUUUUAGUAUUUCAUGGUUAGAUGUAAACAAGCUUCUCUACCUUUGUAUCAGAUGCUUUAUUUCUUCCAAGUCAAUGGCCAUCACAGUCUUGAGUAGGUGUCAACUGGAAAUGUGUACACUGGAUUUUUCUUGCUAUAAAUCCUAUCUAUUGUACAAUGAGUGGGUUGUAAUUCGUAAGUUACCCUUUUGCAUUUUUUCCUAGCUCCCUUUAGUUAGGUCUGAGGGCAAUGGGAGGAUUUCAAAGGGUGUCAGAUAAGAGGGUUUGGGAAUUUUUUCCCCCCAAUUGACCCAUUAUCCAUCUAAAACUGGUUGACAUCGGUUGACAUGCAACAAAUGGAAGACCAAAUUAUUGCAAGCCCAAAGAUCUAUUCUCAUCUGAUCCUCUGCAAGAGAAUCUCUGAAUUGGAUUUAACACAGUAUUUGUAAACUCUUUGAAGGCUCUCCUUAAUCAAUAUACAUGAGCUUGCGAUUUCCCAUACACUACAUUCGAUCAACUGAACCAAAAUGCAGUUUUUGAAAUUUGCCAUUUGUCCGAUUCUAUCUUAAGGCAAGCAGGGGGUUGGACUAGAAGACCUCCAAAGUCCCUUUGCUACCUAUUAUUCUCUGUUCUGUGUUAAGGCAAUCUUCCUCCAGGGGCAUCCUCUGUAUUAUGUCAUUCCUAACCAGGAUUAACCAAGUUAGGGGUAACAUAAUCACUCCUAACAAAAACAAUCCUAACCAGAAUUGUUUUUGAGAGGAUGAUAGCUUCUUUGGGGGAUAUUCGUCAUAGCCAUGGAUGUAUGAAUCUUGGAAAGCAUGAAACUGAUUUUGAAAGAAGUUGGUAGUUAGACUGGACAGCUCUCUGACUGAAUGUUUUAAUGUGGGUUCCUACUGAGCAGGGGUUGGUCUAGAUGGCCUCAAGGACCCCCCUCCAACAUUUUGAUACUAAGAAUCUCCCUCUUUCCCAUGCUCCUAACUGUAUCUCUCAAGGCUGUUAUUUCCAGUUUUAAAAUGCAAAGCAUAUGAUUUGAUCCAUAUGUUUAAUGCAACUUUUUCCAAUUAGCCUCCAGAUUCAUAUGUUGACCUUUGACUUCAGCUAAUCACUUUGCUGGCUGGGAAUUUGUAAUCGCAGCAUAUCCAGAAGACAGGGAAGGGUGCUUUAAGAUACAGGUGCUUGACAAUUCCUUUGACUGUAACAGCCCAGAAGUUUAGCCAAACAUUUUGUCUUCCUGUUCUGGUCCUUUCCCAUCCAAGUUGCUGGCUUGCCUUGACGGAGUCCUGACCACUUGCUUUGAUCCAGUGUUGACUGUGCUUUGAAGGACAUAAAAUGUACCAGAGUUUGGCACUUGCUCCAAAUCCUGGCCAGUCCGCCUACCCCCAUGAUUCCAGCAAUUUCCUGCAUUCCCCAGCAAGUCCAGCGGUGUAUGUCCCCACCAGUCGAGUUUCCUCCAUGCUCCAAAGCCUACCCUACCUGCAAAGCUGUGAUCCCACCCAUCAAGGCCAUCCUCUGGGUGGCCACCCUGGGUGGGGUCAGCCAGCCAGCGCUGAGGCUUCCCACUUCAAUGCUGGCAGCCCUCACCCACCGUCCAGUUUUUCCUACACCCACAGCCCUCCUGGAGGGAGCACUGCUGGUCGAGACGGGGGCUACCAAAGUCCACUGUUGCUGGGCACUGGAGGGCGUGACCAGUACGGCAACACUCUGAUGCGUUCUGUCAAUGGAUCCUACUCCAGCCCGUACCCCGGUGCUUAUGUGAACCCAGCGGAGAUGCCUCCAUCCUGGCCCGCCAGCCAUUUUGAGAGCAGCGUCUUGCAUAGCCUCCAAACACGACAAGGAGCCUUGCCUGGCCGGAGAUCCACGUUCGAGUUCUUGGAGGAAUUUCCCGAUGGCCGAGAGUGUGUUAACUGUGGGGCCAUGUCCACCCCCUUAUGGAGGAAAGAUGGCACAGGGCAUUAUCUGUGCAAUGCCUGUGGCCUCUAUCACAAAAUGAACGGGAUCAACAGGCCUCUUAUCAAGCCACAGAAAAGACUGUCUUCAACUCGUCGAGCUGGUCUUUGCUGCACUAACUGUCACACGACCAACACAACCCUCUGGAGACGGAACGCAGAUGGGGAGCCGGUGUGCAACGCCUGUGGAUUAUACAUGAAACUCCAUGGGGUGCCAAGACCUCUGGCAAUGAAAAAGGAAAGCAUCCAGACCAGAAAACGGAAACCUAAAAACGUCAGUAAAAGCAAAUCCUCAACAAACAGUUCCACAACUUCAACCACCAAUUCUCCUUCCUCACUUACAAACUCAGAGAGCACAGUCACUUUAAAAACCGAACCCACCAUUACCCCACAAUAUCCGGGACAAGCAAUAGUGUCGACUUCCCAGGCUCCAAGUCAUUCUGAAAACGGGCUGGAGGACCCCCAUCCCCAGUUCAAGUACGAGCCAGAAGACUACACUUUCCCAGCAUCCGCCAUGUCCCAGCCGUUGGGUCUGAACGUUGGCCCUCGUCAAGACUCCUGGUGUGCCUUGGCCCUGGCCUAAGCCUUCCAUUCGGAAAACCGAGGCAUCCUUUCUACCCCCCCCCCCUUGAGGACAUCACUGGAGAGCAGACAAAAAGACUUCCGGGCUUUAAUCCUUUGGAGCCGCCAGGUUUCUUGUAAUCAGCAUGGUUUUCUGUUCCUUGGAAAUAACUUCCUUCCUUCUUCUCUAUGGAGACUGGCAGGUGACACUCCUCCCCACCUGCCGUCUUUUGCUGCUGAGUCUGUUGGCCCUUUGAAUUUCUAAAUGUUGAUAUUCUUUCACCAAUCAAAAAGGAAGGGAUUUGGGAGCCCUGACCUCAGACACAAGUCUCUCUUUCUCCCUUCUCUCGAGAUCCAUCCAAAAGAGAUCGAAAUCUAUGUUGUGUUCACGGUGAUUCUUCCUCUUCCUUCCCCUCCUCUCUCUCUCUUUUUUUUUAAAAUGACUCCUUUGUGUGCAAUUUUAUUCCACUUCCUAAUAAAGACGAUGGUAACAUCUAA